ACUGGAACUUCAGCUGAGUAGAAGCUUGACUAGCAUUCGGCAUCCACCCUCAUGAAACCGCUCACCUUGCCUUUCAACGGGGUUGAUAUGAGACACAUACUCGGCACGCUGGUAUGGUAUUAACCUGCUGCUGACUGGUCUGAUCUGGAAGUACAGACGGAUUAGGCUUUAUAAGACUUUGCUUCUCUUACUGCGCGCAUUUGGCGCUCACCUCAAUUUCCGUGGCGCUGUCUCAAUUUUCGAUAUAAUGGCGGCCUCAACGACCACAUGUCCCGCGUUCGUGGGUUAUAGUUGCAACCUAACAUUACGUAAUGCAAUCAGUGAUUCAAGCGGGUCAUCCCAUUCGUCCAACAUCCCACCGCAGGCUCUCGCGUCGACCAAUUUCGCGAAUCCAAACACGUCAGCCUACGCCCGUUUCUCUUCGCGAACAUCUUUCUUGCGAACUUCUCCUCUGCGAAACACCCUUAGACUUCGCCAGGGCGAGUUUCGCCAGCAAAGACGGCUGGUAACCGUCGAGGCGAAGCAAUCCAAAGAAGACGCGGUUCACGAGAAGAACGUGCACAAGCGACACGGCGGAUGGCGGGAAAGUGCAGGAAGCAAAACGGCGGCUGCUAGCUCUUCUCCCAGUACCACGGAGACCCCUGCUACUACUGACUCCGUACCUGCUGCUAGUAGUUCCGUAACUGCUGCUGACACCGUGGCUAUUAAUACCUCCGUGCCUGGUGCCGUGCCUGGUGCCGUGUCUGGUGAUACCUCCUCUUCUGAAGCCGCUUCAGAAGCCGCGGCGGCUCCCACUGCCGAAGCCGCAGCCGCAGCCGCAGAAUCAGUUUCAAAAUCCUCUCCAGGAGAUUCCCCGCUAGAAGCAACAGACGCAGCUGUUACAACAACAGCAGCAGAAGCAGCGAUGGUGAUAGGCGGCAACCCUCUUCCCGCCAUUUCUACCUCCGCUCAGGAGGCUGUCAGGCGCGCUCGAGACGCGUCUAGCAACACGUGGCAGAGCCUCGCGACGGCUGCAGCCGAGCCUGUUGCCCUGCCGAAGCAGCUGCAGGAAAGCGUGCAGGCCCUGCCUCUCCCUCCGAGCCUGAAAGGGAGGUUAGGGAUCGCGGAGGGCUCUGUGGUGCAACUAACGCGGGGUCAGCUGGCGGCGGGAUUGCUCGUCAUCGGUCUGCUGGUUAGAGGGAUCCAAUCAUGGCUGAAGUCCAGGUCAAAUGCGGCCAACAGUGAGUCAACCGUCCCGGCUCCUCUGCUCCCUGCUACUCCUAACCUGCCUACUGUUCCGGGCCUCCCUCCCAUACCUAUCAAGCGCAUGCCACAGGAUCCUCCGAACCCCCCUGAUUCUUCCUCACUACCAAAUCAAUCUCCCCGAAGCGCAAUCCCAACAGUAGCCGUGCCAAUCAUGCCUUCAUCGGCAGCAGCAGCAGCCGCAGUGGCAGCUGCACCAGCAGUAGCCGCAGCAGGGGCAGGUGCACCAGCAGCAGCCGCAGCAGGGGCAGGUGCACCAGCAGCAGCAGCAGCAGCAGCAGCAGCAGGGGCAGGUGCACCAGCAGCAGCAUUAUUGGUUGAGACAGCAGGACAGGGUACCCAACAGUCCAACCAACAAACAGCCCCAGAUUUACCAUCAUCAGAUCCACCUUUCGAGAGGUUUACAACUGCUGACAGCACCAGAAGCAUCGACGAAAGCAGGGAAGAAGCAUCGACAAAACCAAGCUGGCUGCCACCCUCGUUUUUCAAGUUCUCCAACUCCCUCCCGCCAUUGCGUUUCCCCUUCACAUCUCGGGCCCCGUCCGGAAAGACCUUUGGGGGGGGGUCGAUCGAUAUGGAAGAAAUCGAUAGGAUGGCAGCAGCAGCGGCAAGGGGAGAUGGUUCGGAGUCCGAGUCGGAAAUUGACGAUCGGCCGAGGCUGAUAAAGCUGCAGCAAGAUAACGCUGUGGCGUGGUUCGCAUUGACCACGGGCUUUCUCGUGCUAGUUGCGUAUGCGUGGAACCCUGCCAACCCAUUGAACCCAUGAACCUGAUCUUGGAGUAAACCAACGUGAGUCAUGGAUGCCUGCCCUCUUUGGCCUACUUACAUAAUAGCAUGCAAAUCUCUAUGUAGUAUUGAUAUGGACGUCUUAGUUCUAGUGCCCGUGGUUGCUUCUGUCACUACAACGCGUGAGCUCAAAUUGAACCUUUAGUUGACUGCGAUUGACGCUGGUUUACUAUUGUU